AUGGCUAAUGAGAAUGAAACGUAUCCUCUCGGACGAGACUCGAAGGAAUCGGCUCGUCUAAACGUCCAAAACGCAUUCCUCAUCGAACUAAUAGGAACCAGUCCCAUCCAUGCAUCUAUCCCGGAGAAUGAAAUCAAAUGUGUUGCUGAUGUAGCGACUGGGACGGGAGUCUGGCUUCGAGAUAUAGCAACUCAUCUCCAGAAAACAAACGCAAAAACAAAAUUAGAACCAAUGUGCCAUUCUCCAUCUUCAUGUUCAACCAGAAACACCUCAGAAGACACAGAUACAGACACAGAUGAGAAUGAAGAAGAAUACUACUAUCACGGCUUCGACAUCUCACCCACCCAAUUCAUCAAAUACAACACCUCCAACACAGUCUCGCCCAUCAACCUCAGUGUACAUAACAUCCUCGACCCAUUUCCCGAGGAACACAAAGGGCGCUAUGAUCUCGUGCAUGUUCGAUUACUAGUCAUGGGUCUGAAAGUUGAGGAUUACGAGGCUGCUAUCCGCAAUAUUUGGGGUUUGUUGAAACCCGGCGGCUACAUGCAAUGGGAAGACAUCGACGCAACAUCCUACAGCACAGCACCGGCUGAGACCGAGCCACCCUGCGUGACGGAAAUGCGGCGGCUGAUUACGCGCGCCGUCAAUGCGCUCGGUAUGAGUCCUGUUGCGCCGGCGGUGAUUGAGCGUGAAGCGGUGGAGGCUGGGCUUGAGGGUGUACGGCGGGAUGUGUGUUCGACUGUUUCUAGGAAGGAGAAGCUGAGAGAUAAAGCAAGGGAGUGGCUUGUGAGGGCUGCGAGGUGUGCGUUGCCGGUGUCGAUGGCAAAGGCGGGGCUUAUUGGGGAGGAUGAAGGGAAAGAGGUGACGGAGGGGUUGUUGAGGGAGUUGGAGAUGGGAUGGGGGGAUGCGGUGCCGGUGGUGAAUUUGCAGGUGGUUGUUGGGAGGAGGCCGUUGCUGGAGUGA